AGAUUACAACAGUCCGUUUCCGAGAGUGACCUUUUCGUAUACAACACUGGCGUCGCGCCUUACGAACCUACGCCAUGGAAUUACAUCCUCCUACAGUUUACUGGUCUGAUCCGACCGUACGUCCUACCGAAAGUGCAUGGGCCCAGUGGAAAACAUCGUUUACAAACUACCUUGACCUACUACCUGCGGCUGCUAACUACACUGAAAGCCAGAAACUGAAGCUACUCAGACACCUACUAGGUGAUGAGGGACAACGUCAAUUUGAUGCUUUGGAGCUGCAGUCACAAGAUACCUUGGCGAAAGCGCUAGAGGUGCUGGACAAGUCAUGGGGACAGCGUACAAAUCUCUUCAUGGCUCGCCUCAAAUUCGGCCGACUUACACAGGAACCAUCGGAAACUCUAGACGGUUUCGUUGAUCGCCUCAUUCGCGGUGUACGACCCUGCGAGUAUCCAACCAUACCGAAAAAUAGAAUCGAGGGCGUAAUGCUAGUGCAGCAGUUGAUUAGUGGUAUCACCAACAACCGAAUUCGGGAAUGCCUACUUUCCGAAGACGCUUCCAAAUUGACUUGGGAUAAGGCUGUGGAAUUAGCUCGCCUCAAAACAUGUACGGCCGAACAGUUGCGAUGUUUCGCCACCCACGCAGACAUACAGGAGGUUUCCAAGAUCCAUCGCUCGCCAACUGAAUUCCAAUCCCCACAGAAAUGCUUCCGCUGCGGCAGCCUACAGCAUAAAGCCAAUUUUACCAAGUGCCCUGCCUUAGAAAUGGAUUGUAAAAAGUGCGGUAAGCGUGGACAUUUUGCUCGUUGUUGUCGUUCAGCACGCAUUUCUCAGUUGAAUCCUACAGAUUCCGUUUCUAAUCAACAGUUACAGUCCUCUGAAAAUGUAUUUUCCAUUGAUAACACAAGUACUGUGUCUAACUAUCGUUCCAAUUGUCCAGAGCCUAAACUACCUAUGCCUGACAUUCGUACUGUUACAGUUUUUGCACACGAUAGAAUAACACAUGUUGACAUGGAACUUGAUUCAGCCUCUCCUAUCACUAUAGUACCGAGUAGUUUUUAUGACAUUCACCUGCAUGACAUGCCUAUACAUCCUUCAGCCUAUCGAUUUGACAGUUAUACAAAGGCCCCGGUAGAAAUACGAGGAUUUGUGGUGAUUGUGUUGCAACUUGGGGCCGUGAAAUCAUCAGUUGCUGUGUACGUUACCCGCGGAAAUAACCGUCCCUUACUCGGACGCAACGCUAUGGUUGCACUGGGAGUCACGCCGUCCCUAGCUCGUAUGCGUAUCAUGGCAAUUAACCUAUCAGACCUACAGGUACGGUACCCGAAAUUAUUUGAACAAACAAUAGGGCGUGCUCCGUCCUCCGUUCACCGCAUAUGUCUGAAGCAGGAUGCUAAACCGGUAGCUAUUGCUCAUCCACGUCCAAUUCCUUUGGCCAGAAGAGAGGCUGUUUCGUCAGCAUUACGGCAGAUGAUUGCAGAUGAUCUCAUUGAACCCAUUAACUGUUCUGAAUGGGUCCACCCUAUGGUUACAGUCCUCAAGAAGGACGGUACAGUAAGAAUAUGCAAUGACCUGCAGGCCCUAAAUCGGCAAAUCGUGGUAGAAAAGUUUGUGCUUCCAACCGCGGAUGAACUAAUAGUUAAACUAGCUGGCGCCCGAUAUUUUUCAAAAUUGGACCUUAGGAAGGCUUUCUUUCACAUGCCUCUAAUUAAGGAGUCAAGACCGCUGACCGCAUUUCUCACUAUGGACGGACUCUUUCAGUACAAAGUCUUGCCAAUGGGCUUGAGUUCAGCUCCAGCAGCUUGGCAAAAGUUUAUGGUUCACUCAUUUGCCAAUUUACCUGGUCAGAUAGUAUACAUGGACGACAUCUGUGUAUUCGGUAGGACUCCAGAAGAACAUGAUUCACGGCUGCAUGCUGUGUUACGUCGACUACACGAUCUUAACCUCAGAUUAAACCUCGAGAAGUGCAAAUUUAAUGCUAGUGAGAUCGAGUUCCUGGGCCACAUUAUAACAAAUGACGGUAUGAAGCCGAGUUUUGACAACGCGCGUGCCAUCACUGAGGCUCCUUGCCCACAGAACUCCAGUGAAAUAAAGCAUUUUCUAGGUAUGUGUUCUUACAACCUACGUUAUCUGCAGGAUUUCACAAAUAUUGCUGAGCCACUGCGUGAACUGACAAAGGAGAAAAGUGUAUUUGUUUGGGGUCCACCCCAACAAAAGGCAUUUGAUGAGAUAAAACGCCGCAUUGCUUCCACACCAGUUAUGGCGAUUUUCGACGAGACGUGCCCAACGAUUGUCUCUACUGAUGCAUCAAACAUUGGGUUGGGUGCUAUACUAUCCCAAAUUCAAAAUGGGCAUGAAAGAGUUAUUGCUUACGCUUCCAGAAAAUUGUCGGCGGCGGAGCUUUCUUACUCUGCCGGGGAAAAAGAAGCCCUUGCCUGUGUUUGGGCCUGUGAGAAGUGGAAUCUGUUCUUGUUCGGAAGACCCUUCACUCUUCGUACAGACCACGCAGCGCUAACUAGUUUACUUACUCGAGGAACAAAUGGCAUCAGGCCACUUCGGAUACACCGCUGGUAUGCACGAUUGUUAACGUACGAUUUUCAAAUUAAAUUCCGUCCCGGACGCGAAAACCAGGUAGCGGAUGGGCUCUCUCGACUACCCCUCAACGAAACUGAAAAUAAUGAGGAUGAUAAUGAGAGAUUACUGGUGUCUUCGCUGAGUAAUGAACCAAUCUCAGCCCUGACUAGGGAAGAACUCCAGAAGGCCACUCAGGAAGAUGAGACACUCUGCCACGUUCAGGAGUAUCUGCUAAACGGUUGGCCACAAAACAAUAAGAUCACAGGCGAGUUUCGUCCGUACUACGUGUUGCGUCACGAACUUUCAGUUAUAGAUGGAUGUUUAAUGCGUGGCGAAAAGUUUGUGGCUCCUCGGAGCUUGAUACAAAAGAUCAUGCUAUGUGCUCACGAAGGCCACCCUGGUAUCGUUCGUACGAAACGCAAGGUUGACGCAUGUUUCUGGUGGCCCAAAAUGUCACACGAAAUAGAAAACCUUGUUCAUGACUGCUCUUCAUGUCAAAGGGCAGACAAGAGUUCAAGGCCGGUUUCAUCCCCUAUACAACCCAUUGACUAUCCUAUGCGACCGUGGGCCAAGAUAGCUGUUGACAUCAUGGGUCCAUUUAGCUCAGCGCCUCAGCAUCAAAGGAACUGUUUGGUAGCGACCUGCUUCUACAGUAAGUGGCCGGAAGUCCAUUUGUGUGGAGAGGUGACUACUGCCAGCAUUAUUCGAUGGCUGAAAUAUAUGUUCUCCCGCUUCGGAUUACCAGAGGAGAUAGUGACGGACAACGGGCCGCAGUUUACAAGCCAUGAGUUUCAUUCGUUCCUUCAACUUCACGCUAUCCGACACUCACGUACAACGCCGUAUAAUCCAGCGGCAAACGGCAUGGUAGAGCGGUUCAAUCGAUCCUUGAAAGAGAGUAUCCAAGCUAUUCGCUUAUCUGGUACAGGUUGGGAGGAUGCAGUUCUACAAGCACUAUUUUCUUACCGAACCGCACACCACCGAGCUACAGACAAAACGCCAGCUGAACUCAUGCUUGGGCGUGUCCUUCGGACAAAGUUGAAUGCCGCACUUCCAAUUCCUGCAACCAAUAAUUCCGACGAGUUAGAUCGUCGCCAUCGAUAUCAGACCACUUACCAGAAGCAUACUACGCCGCUCCAGCCCGGAACAUUCGUGCGCGUGAAGGUAAACGCUGCAUCAAAAGGACAACCCACGUUAUCAGAUCCGAUAAGAAUAAUGCAUGCAUGUGGGCCAGGCACUUACCGGCUGGAGGAUGGCCGAACAGUCAACUCCCGGCGAUUAUUCACAAGUAUCAGACGAACGAGGCAAAUACCACCAAACUUCACUGACGAGACAACGCAAAGCACGCAGCUCCGCAGGACGAGCCGAGAACAAAGACGACCGUAUCGAUAUGGUUUUGACGCCUCAUACGAUUAAGCGGAGAGGUGAUGUUGUGUAUUCUGUCAGCUGUCUGGGCGUCUAGUCUAGACAGACACGUGCACACAACCCAGACACACACACACACACACAAAGCGUCUAAUUCUCUACUUCCUUAUUGGUUCAUCCUUCUCCUUGCGAAACCUUAUUGUACUCACCCAGUUAGACAUUGUUCAGAUUACAACAGUCCGUUUCCGAGAGUGACCUUUUCGUAUACA